AGAUGAAUCGCACAGCUUAUUGCUCCUUCAUCGCCUACCCUCUGGCUUCACCGGCUGCGCAAUUCGGUUCCGAACCUUGAAGCCGCCCAACGCUCAAACGACCGCACACGACGAUAAGACGCCUUCUGCGAGCUGCUUCAGGUCGUUCGCAUAGGUACAUAGGUCCGGUAGAGAGGAAAUGAGCACCAACGACGAAGCAGGUGCCUUACGCCAGGCCGUAAACAGCUGGCAAGAAGACCUGCUUUCUAAUCCUGCUACACAGACGCUACUAGCACACGCUCACGAGGCGAAUGGGAGCACGUCCAGCAUGCCCAAGGUCGACGGGACGCCCAGUGCUUUGGACCGCACGGCAGCCAUCAGCGCAGCAACGGAGUCACUUAUCGCCAGUCUAGAGGACAAGCAGCUGCCAGAUGGGCUUAUAGACGACAUCCUGAGCGUUGUGGACGUGUUCACAACGCUCUGCGGGUUAUCCGGGCCGUCGCCAAGCGACUCCUUCGGCGCUGGGGGGUCCACGCGGAGCGGCGCGCCGCUCAACCCCGCUAAGCUCAAGUUGCUCAAGGCGGCGACCGGGCUGCCCGUGCACACCACCUCCAUCGGGCGGCGCGCGUCGGCCAGCUAUUGCGUGUACGAGAGCAUGGGCGGCUGGGAGACGCUGUCGGCCGCGGUGGAGUCGCUGUACAACCGUAUGCGGGGCGACGGCCGCUGCGCCUCGCUGUUCAGCGAGGGCAACGAGCAGCAGCUCAAAACACACAUGCUGGAAUUCCUGACGUGUGCGUUGGGCGGCAAGGCGCGCUUCGCCUCUUCCACGCUGCUCACCAGCCAGCGCGACCAGCUGCGACAGCAUGGCUUCGGCGUGGGCCAGUUCGACAUCCUGCUGCAGCACAUGAAGGCGGUGCUGGACGAGAUUGGCGUGCAGCAGGAAACGGCCGCGUCCGCCAUCGCGUUGCUCCGGUGCCACAAGUACCUCUUUGAGCGGCGGCAGUCGGAGUCGGACCACUCAGACCUGCCCUCGGAGCCGGUUGCGGCAGCGCCGGCGGGGGAGGUCGCAGCAGGGGGGGCGGCGUCGCUGUAGGGCCACGUCGCUGAAGGGCCACGUCUCUGUAGUGCGGUCGAUAGCAGGGAGGGGCACUGGGAGGGCGGCAGCGGUGAGCAUCGCUAAGGUGGUCUGCGGAGCGUGGCUGAGGGCGGUUCCCCUGGGCCUUGAGAAGGCGUGAUUGUAUGUAUGCGUGUACGCGGUUUUACAUGUCUGCGUGCGCUGUCGGUCUUGGCAGGGUGCUUGCUUGGAUAAAUCAACUUUGGUGUGCGACAUGUUUACGCUCAUUGAGAUUGUCAGGUUGGACUUGCUUGCGGCAUGCUGGGAGGGGCCAGUUCGCUUGAGGUGUGAGUCAACGCAGGACCUGUGAGCCAGGGCUGGGAGCAGUGGCUGCCCUGUAGAGUGCAAGGCCCACACCGAGGACUGGUGCUCCCCUUAUGGCACCACAGCCACGAAUGCAAUGUGCCUGUGAUGAUUGAACGCGUACGAUGUUAGUCUAGAUCCUUUGACUGUCAGAGCAGUUUUGCCAAACUAUGUGUGCCGCCUACAAAGGUGGGAACCAAACUUAUUGGGACGUGGUGCGAUAGGCAAUGGCGGUAUCACGCAGAGACGAGUGAACUUCCGGCAGGAUUCAGAUUCAGACUUGAUUGGGUGUGGCUCUGUGGUAUGCAAUGCUUGAAAUGCUUUCUAAUUUCAAAGAAGUAAAGCCCGGCGCAAUACGGUCUUCGUCGGAGCAGCACUACGCUGAAUCCGAUGGAAGGUAGAUAUCGACUUCGGCACGUACUUUCUUGAGGUCUGGCUACGCUUCAGAAUUUGCCUGCUGUCGCAUGGGAGGCUCGACAUGCUCUCAGGCUUUUAGGGCACUCGUGUGUAUGGUUAAUCUGGCUGUUCGGCUAUGGGUCUAUGCAAGCUGCUGUGCGGAAUGGAUGGACGGUAGGCGGGCAGGCCACGCAUAGGAUUGCACUUGUCAUGGCAAUUCAAGAGGACAUUACACCGCCCCGUGUGUGUGUUGUGUGGGAGUCAGCGGCAGAUGUAGAUGUAUGCUGUGGCUGGCUGAGCUUGGCCUGGCGGCGCCUGUGCGAAACGCCCCCGGCUCUGUCCCCGAGUUGAGGCUAUCCCAAAUUUACAUUCGGCCUCAGACAGGGGUGGCCUCAGACGAUGGAUGUGAUGUGGUGUAGGCUGAGCCCAGAAGUCCAGGCGCAGGUCCUUUGUUGGGACGGUGAGGGAAACGGUGGCGGGGGCGGUCUUGGGAACGGUGAGCAGAGUAGUGAGGCUGCGAGGGAACGAGAGAGUAUCUCCGCUUCCGCACGACCAUGCCAAGUUCUGGACAGCAACUCUGUUAUCCAACUGCACCGUGCAAUCGCUGCCUACUGCCGCCGACAGUCGCGGGCACCUGGCCCGGUGGCCCCCUGCAACUGCCAGGGCUGCAGUCCUGAUGGCGUUGGGGCUAAGGACUGAGGAGAUGCGGCGAUGCGCACUCUGGGAGACUGACAACCUGGCAAGGGAGGGUACGGUAGUUCCGCCGGAAACUGACCCCAUGGCCCAUGAUUCAAAUGGAAAGAGCUUGGCGAGAGCGUUCAGAACUCGCUGUUGGACAGAGUUUAAAUCAGUGUAAUCCUUGCAAAGU